GUGCAGAGGGAAGCAAAGAAGAAGUGAUUCCACAGCACAAAAUUGAUGUUUAUAGCCAGCAGCAGCAGCAGCAGAGUCGUCGGAGUACUGGAGUGAGUGAGUGAAGUCCCAGUCCAGUAGUAGUAGUGCUGUUGCAGUUGUCUUCCUUGCUUGCCAAAUCAAAUAUUUUCAGGUAGCAAGUUUAUCGAUCAGGUAAAGAAGCAUGAAUGCAUUAGCUGCAACCAACAGAAACUUCAAGCUUGCUGCUCGGCUUUUAGGAUUGGACUCCAAGCUCGAGCAGAGUUUACUCAUCCCAUUUAGAGAAAUCAAGGUGGAGUGUACGAUUCCAAAAGAUGAUGGCAGCUUGGCAUCUUUUGUGGGAUUCAGGAUUCAGCAUGAUAAUGCUCGAGGCCCUAUGAAAGGAGGCAUUAGAUACCACCCAGAGGUAGAGCCAGAUGAAGUGAAUGCAUUGGCACAAUUGAUGACUUGGAAGACUGCAGUGGCGAACAUUCCUUACGGGGGUGCUAAAGGAGGAAUUGGAUGCGAUCCAUCUCAACUUAGCCUAUCAGAACUAGAGAGAUUGACUAGAGUUUUCACUCAAAAGAUACACGACCUUAUUGGGGUUCACACUGACGUUCCUGCACCCGAUAUGGGCACUGGCCCACAGACAAUGGCUUGGAUACUAGACGAGUACUCUAAGUUCCAUGGCUAUUCUCCUGCAGUAGUAACUGGAAAGCCAAUUGACCUGGGAGGAUCCCUAGGCAGAGAUGCAGCUACAGGAAGAGGGGUACUUUUUGCUACAGAAGCCCUUCUUAACGAGCACGGCAAGAGCAUUGCAGGGCAACGUGUUGUUAUACAGGGAUUUGGAAAUGUUGGAUCUUGGGCUGCACAACUAAUCAGCGAACAAGGGGGUAUAAUAGUAGCAGUAAGUGAUGUGAGUGGGGCUAUAAAGAACAGCAAGGGGUUGGAUAUACCAAGUCUUGUAAAACACGUCAAAGAGAAUCGCGGAGUAAAGGGAUUCAGUGGUGGGGAUAGCAUCGAUCCCAGUUCCGUAUUGGUUGAGGACUGUGAUAUCCUCAUCCCUGCAGCACUAGGAGGAGUCAUUAACAAGGAUAAUGCAAAUGAGAUAAAAGCGAAAUUCAUAAUAGAAGCAGCUAAUCAUCCUAGUGAUCCAGAUGCUGAUGAGAUAUUGGCAAAGAAAGGAGUGAUUGUUCUUCCAGACAUAUAUGCAAACUCGGGAGGUGUGACAGUCAGUUACUUCGAGUGGGUCCAGAACAUACAAGGGUUCAUGUGGGAUGAGGAGAAAGUGAACACAGAGCUGAAGAAAUACAUGACAAGGGGUUUUAAGGAUGUGAAGGAAAUGUGCAAGACUCAUAACUGCGAUUUGAGAAUGGGAGCAUUCAGCUUGGGUGUCAAUCGCGUUGCCAGGGCUACUCUCCUCCGAGGAUGGGAAGCCUGAAUCAUCGUUUCCUACUCAUCAAUCCCAUCCUCCACUACUACCUACUUGUGUUUUUCUUUUUCAAUAAUAAUAAUAAAAAAAGAGAGGAUCGGAUCGGAGGAUGUGAUGUUAUCAAAUAAAUUGACACAUCAUCAGAUCAUGAUUAUUUAUGUUUCUUUAGUUUUUGGCUUCUGUGUAACUCUGCUGCUUUGGCACUUCCUAUUAUUAUUAUUAUUAUGUUUGUUUUAAGCUUCAUCAAUCAAUGUGGUUAAUGAUGUU